CCGGGGGCAAAACUGUGGCUGGGGUGUGUGUGUGUGACGGGAGCUGUAAUCCAAUGCUAGAGGACCAAGCCCAGACGUGGGACUAUAACUCCCGUCACCUCCCAGGGGGCUAAACGGUGGCUGAGGGUGACGGGAGCUGUAGUUCAACAUCUGAGGCCCAAGCCCAGACGCGGGACUACAACUCCCAUCACCUCCCACGGGGCUACACGGUGGCUGGGGGUGACGGGAGCUGUAGUCCCGCCUCUGGAAGGCCAAGUUGGCCCAGCCCCGGGUGCCAGAGCCGCUCGGUCUGCCGCCGUCCUUGCCCGCUUGUCUCCCACCCACCCUGCGCCGAGUCCUCCCGCCUCGUGGAGGGCGCUGCUGCUGCUUGCCUGGCUCCUCGGCUGCCCCGGCUGGCCUGGGAGACAUCCGGCCGGCCGCGGCGGAGACUGGCUGGAGCCUGGCGCUCUUCCCCGGAGGGCUGAGACAGGGCGCCGCCGCUUGGAGGAGGAAGAAGCGGGCGCAGGGAGAGGAGGGCGGCGGCCGGGCCUGGGCCGGGCCAUGGCGGAGGUGGCGGGCGGCGGCGGGGCGCGCAGGCUGCCCGAGUGGAUGGAGCCGGCCCCCUCGGCGGGGCUGCAGCAGCAGCAGCGGCGGGGCCCGCCGGGACUUGGCGGCGGCGGCGGGGGCAGCCUGGGCUCGGCCGGCGGCUCCCCCGCCCUCUCGGGGCCCCAGGCCCGCCGCAGGAAGCAGCCGCCGCGCCCGGCCGACUUCAAGCUGCAGGUGAUCAUCAUCGGCUCGCGGGGCGUCGGCAAGACCAGCCUCAUGGAGCGCUUCACCGACGACACCUUCUGCGAGGCCUGCAAGUCCACCGUAGGUGUUGAUUUUAAAAUCAAAACAGUAGAGCUAAGAGGAAAGAAAAUUAGAUUACAAAUCUGGGACACAGCAGGUCAGGAAAGAUUCAACAGCAUUACCUCAGCUUAUUACAGAAGUGCCAAGGGAAUUAUAUUAGUGUAUGAUAUCACGAAGAAGGAGACGUUUGACGAUUUGCCAAAAUGGAUGAAAAUGAUUGAUAAGUAUGCUUCAGAAGAUGCAGAACUCCUACUCGUUGGAAAUAAGCUAGACUGUGAGGUGGACAGAGAGAUCAGCCGGCAGAAGGGAGAAAAAUUUGCACAACAGAUAACUGGGAUGCGGUUUUGUGAAGCUAGUGCCAAGGAUAACUUUAAUGUGGAUGAAAUAUUUCUGAAACUGGUUGAUGACAUCCUAAAAAAGAUGCCUCUGGAUGUCAUAAGGAACGAGUUGUCCAACAGUAUCCUGUCCCUACAACCAGAGCCAGAAAUCCCCCCAGAACUGCCUCCUCCAAGACCUCAUGUCCGUUGUUGCUGACUUACUGCUUCAUCCAGAGUGGACGUGAUGAGUGGGAGGAGAGCGAGAAGCACCAGUACUACUCUGCACUACAAUCAUGUGGCAGUUCCUUGUUGCACUUUGAUUCCGAAUCAGAGCUACACACUAAUUUGUAAAUAUGCAAAUAUGCAGAGCUGGGUAGGAUUCAGCUGUAACUCGUUACGUAUUGCCCUUCCCACAAGUGGUUUUUCACUCCUCUUUCCUGGCGCUAUAAAUAUUGUACAUUUGGCUGGGAAGACAGCACUCCCAAACCUAGGAUGUAAGAAAUUCAAUGCAUACCUUACUUAGUCUGAACAUAAAUGUUGUAAUAGUCCUUGAUAGAAACAGAAUCUCUUCUAGUAUAUGGUGCUUUGCUAGCUUUUUUAAAAAGACCUUUUUAAAAUUAGACUUACAUGUAUAAAGGUUUCUAAAGCAGCAUUGUUUCCCUCUUAUAUAAACAAAAGAAAUUCUUAACUGUAGCAUCUUGAAUGACUGACCAUGUGAUCCACCAAGUGCUGCUGCUGUGCAACCUCCCUUCAUUUCAGUAGCGCUUUCAUGUGCUGUUCCAUGCAAGCACCAUUGCAUGGAUGAGGGCAGGGCAUCAGAAUUCAGUGGAUAAAGUCCUGAGCCCACAGACAGGUGGGAUUUCCAACAUUUCUUUAUUAUGUUUCAUGCCAGGUCAGUUUCUUUUGUGAGUGUACUGAGGCACUGCAUUCUGUGCAGUUUUUAAAGAAUGAAUUGUUGACUUGCACAAUUCACUUCCUCCUUUAAAUAUUAGCUAGCAAUCGGGUUCUGUAAAAAGCAGAGAUAUAUUUGAAACUUAUAAAAAUAUAUUGAAAGGCAUUGCUGCUGUCCUAAGCAAAUUCUUUUUAAAAAUCAUUUUUUGGGAUAUUUUCCUGUGUUAAGGAAUAUAUAUGUGUGUGUCUGGACAAAUUGGGGAGAGGAGUUGAGGUUAAGAUACACUUUUUCUGAAGGGUAAGCUUAUUCCCAUCAAAGAUGCUGUGCUAAAGGGUUUGGGUUUUCUGUUUUUGUCUGAAUGAAUUUGUGAACUAUAUCUUUUUAUUAAAAACUGCACUGUAUAGUUUAGCUGUGGUAAACCGGUAGCUACAUAUUGGAAUAACUUGAUGUGUCCUAAAUGUUGUUGUGGUAUUGAAAAGCAUUGUCGUUCUAAACUAAUGACGUGCCAAUAAAAUUUUGUAUUUAUGGAAGACAACAGAACUGCAUCUCUUACUAGCAAGCAAGUAGUAAAGGUUGGCUGCUUCCUUUUUGGCCAGUCUUGUGGGAGUGUGGCGGGGAGGAGGACAUUCUGAAUCCGCUUUCUAGAGAGCUGGAUAAAUGGAUGGGUUGCCUUAAAGCAUGAUCCUAAGCAUGUUCCUCAGAAGUCUCACUGAGUUCAUUGGGAUGUACUCCAUGGUACAUAUUUAGGAUUGCAGCCUUAGUCAAACUUGUAUCCUUACUGCCAUAAGACUUGCUUGUUAUAGUAUCUCAGGCUGCAGCAAAGGAUUUUGAUGACUCCUCAAGUACUGGCUUCCACACUCCAGAUGACCACUUUUGCUUUCAGUGCCUGAGUCCCUGUUGUACAUCAGUUAAUCUGACCAGUGGUGUCCACUGACUUUUUCCUAGCAUUUGCCUUCAGGUUUCUGGGAGGAUUAAGAAUGUUAAAUAAUUGCAGUUCAAGUAAUUGACAGUUCCGCCUGAUCUUGGUAUUGUGUCAGAAAUACCUCUUUGGAUCAUUUAGUUUCAACUAAUAAAAGAUGCACAAUUUGAAAUGUAUUCCUAUUUCCACUACCAUGAUGUGCCUAUAUAAGUGUCAUUCUUCACACAAAUAUUAUGUAGCUUUCUAUAGUACUGAUUAGAUGAAGUUUGCCAUUUUUGUAGCACUGGUAGGACUUGUAAUAAUGCUGUGGGCAAUAAUAGAGAAAAGGAACGUAUGGACAAUAAGCUUAAACUUGACAUUUAGGUGACUUUCCUGUAUUUUAAAAUCCUGUGUUUUUUUGCCUUCAGUUCUUGAAUAAAAAUAUAAGAAAACUGG